AUGGGAAACGUGUUGAAAGAAAAUAAGGAUAUUUGUGAAACUUCUAAUAAGAAAACAUUUGAUAACUCAUUUGAAAUAAUAUCUAAGCUUGGUGAGGGUGGUUAUGGACAAGUAUACAAAGUUAAGUAUAUUUAUGACCAUAAAUAUUAUGCCAUAAAGAAGUGUCAAUUAAGAGAUUUAUCAGAGAAAGAUAAACAAAAUGUUUUGACUGAAACCACUAGACUUAUAAAACUUCGGUCCAAUUUUGUGAUACAAUACUACUAUUCAUGGAUUGAAUGCAAUUGUCUUUACUUUCAAAUGGAGUUAUGUUUAGAUAAUCUAAAAAAUGUUUUAGAUAUCAAGAAAUCAUUAUCUAAUGAAAUGCUAAUGGUUUCAGAAUAUUAUGUAUCGUAUUAUAUAUUCUAUAAACUGAUACAAUGUGUGCAGUAUUUGCAUGAAUCGGAUCCACAGAUCAUUCACAGAGACCUCAAACCGGAUAAUGUGUUGAUUUCAAUGGACGGACGCAUAAAGUUAUGUGACUUUGGUUUGGCUAAAGAGAUCGUGAAUAUUGAUUUGUUUCAUAUGUCUCAAGUGAAGUACUCAAACGUAGUAUCUGAUAUAAAUUACCAGGCUCCUGAAUCAGAAAUCAAUAAUGAUUAUAAUCAUUUGAUAGAUGUUUAUAGUCUAUCAUUAAUAGGUGCAGAAAUUUUUGGUUUCGAUAAAAACGAUAUAAUUGACGGAAAACCUAAUUGUGUUAUCCGAAUGGCUAAUGAAAACCUACCCAUAGGCAAUACAGAAACUAUGGCCCAAAAUGAAGCCAUUUAUAGAGGACAUGAAAAAAAUGAAUGA